AAGUCAGUGGAAACUGAAAUAAAAAUUUGAGCACGACUUACUUUGGACGCUUUUCUUAAAUGCAAAAAUGUAAGAACUCCUUAUUAUUAUGUGUGUAUCUCGGUGACCCCAGAUGGCCCCACCUGGUCCCCCUCCAGGCGCGCUGACCCCCGCCUGUGUUAUGUGGACUGUGGAUGUGGAUCAGACAGGCUCCGGCCCUCGGCCCGACACUCCAACUGUUACAUGGCAGCUCGUUUUAUAACACUUUUCCUGAAGUCGUCCAAUGAGAACAGCUGGUGGGCGUCACAUGACAAAACUUUUACAUAACAGUUUUUUUUUCUCUCUCCCCUGCGCCGCUCCAUUGAGAAUUCUACGGGUACUUCCUGGAGCGCAGCGUCAGGGCGCAGUGGAGUCACAGCCUCACAGCAGCGAACAUGAAAGGCGGCGGAGGUGUUGGCCACAUUCACAGGUGAGGGGACAGACUUCAUACAACCGCAGGACAUCAUGGGGACUGAGAGUGAGAGCAUGCUGCAGCUUGCGGCGGAGGCUUUCCAAUCGAAAAACUUCGACCUGGCUGCGGAUAUUUACCAGUGCCAGCUCGCGGGUCUCGGGGAUGCGGGGAGCCGGCAGGAGCUGAUGGUGAAGCGGGCUGACGCGCUGGCCUUCGGGGGCAAACUGACGGAGGCUUUCGAGGUUUACCGACAAGCCUCGGAGAUAGAGAGACUGAGACCCGUCCACCUGUCCAACCUCAUAGAGUACCUGUCGGACAGUAUCAGGAGGCAGGACGGGGGAGACGGUCAGAGCAGGGUUCAGAGGAGGGGAGAGGAGGCAGCUGGGUGCCCGGGAGGGUACGAGGACCUCUCCUGUCGGAUAUGCCUGAGCUUUCUGUACGAGCCCGUGACUCUGCCGUGCGGACACUGCUUCUGUAAGAAGUGUCUGGAGAGGGAGAGGAAGGAGAAGGAGAAGCCGGUGAUGUGUAAGGAGUGCCGGGACAGCUCCAGGGUGGCCGACGUCCAGAGCUACCGGGUCAACGUGGUCCUCAGCAACCUGCUGGCCAAGUGGUUCCCGACCCAGCACCAGGCCGGCCAGCUGAGGCGCGAGGGCAACGGACUGUACUCCGAGAGGAAGAUGGAGGCAGCGCUGGAGAAAUACAACCAAGCCAUCACGAUAGCACCCAUGGACCACAUACUGUUCAGUAAUCGCUCCCAGAUCCACUCCACUCUGAGACAUUAUGAGAGCGCUCUGAGAGACGCUGAGAUGGCCUGCAGACUCAUGCCUCUCUGGUCCAAGGGUCACGUUCGUAAGGCCCAGGCCCUGGUGUCACUGGGCAGGACGGAGGAAGCUCUGAGAGAGUACCUGGUGUGUCUGUCCAUAGAGCCUGACAGUAGACUGGCCAAGACUGAGGUUAACAAGCUCCUCAGUGACCUCCUGGCUCCAGUUAUAGAUCAGGUACCUGAACACCUCUCAGACUGCAAUACAGUGUGUUUCAGAGCACACAUCAAAAACAGCAUUAACACUCCCUCCCAGAACUUCAGAUCCAGCUUGUUGUCGUCAGAGUUGGGCCUUGCCCUCACCCCACCAUCUUCUGAGAGGUCGGAGAGAUGCGAGAUCCGAUGUCAGGGAGAGCCUAAGGUCAGGAGGCUCGACCAGUGUUUACUGCUUAAGCGGAAACGGAGGAGCACGGAGGAGGAGGAUGAGAGGGAAGGACGGGAGAGGGGUGACUGUCUCAAGAGAUCCAAGUCUGAGCCAGCAGAGGUGAAUGAAUCUUCGGUCAGUGACGUCUUGGACCCGACAGAUCUGGAGUGUUCUCUUUGCAUGAGAAUUUUCUACGAGCCGGUGACAACGCCCUGCGGUCACACCUUCUGUCUUCAGUGUCUGGAGAGAUGUCUGGACCACAACCCAAUGUGUCCGCUCUGUAAAGAGGAGCUGUCGGAGUACCUGGUCAAGAGGCAGUACUGUAAGACGGUAUUAAUGGAGACCCUGAUAUCUAAGUAUCUCCCCUCUGAGCUCAUGGAAAGACAGAAAAUCCACCAGGACGAGAUAGCUGAGCUCUCAAAUCUUAACAAGAAUGUGCCUAUAUUCGUGUGCACCAUGGCCUUCCCCACUGUCCCGUGUCCUCUCCAUAUCUUCGAGCCCUGCUACAGGCUGAUGAUUCGCCGAUGCAUGGAGACGGGAACUAACUGCUUUGGCAUGUGUCUGGCAGACAACCUCAAAGGGUUUGCAGACUAUGGGUGCCUGUUGGAGAUCCGCGAUGUGAAGUUCUUCUCCGACGGCCGCUCGGUUGUGGACACCGUCGGCAGACGGAGGUUUAAAGUCAUUCAGCACCGUGAGAGGGAUGGAUACAACACAGCUGAUAUAGAGUACCUGGAAGAUGUCCAGGUGGAGGGCGUGGCAGAGCGGGAGCUGCAGUCUCUACAUGACACAGUGUAUGACCAGGCCCUGGUGUGGGUCAACUCCCUGAAGGCAGAGCAGAAGGAACGCAUUGAAGGACACUUUGGACCCAUGCCUCGGAAAGACUCUGUACUUCAGACCACUCCCAACGGUCCCUCGUGGUGUUGGUGGCUACUAGCGGUUUUCCCGUUAGAAGGCCGAGCCCAGCUGCCGUUCCUGGCCCUCACCUCUCUGAAGGAUCGCCUCAGCGGCAUCCGCAAGGUGCUGCUCUUCAUGGCCCACAGCAGGCCCCGGUGACAUGCUCUCGACAAGUGUGCGCCCACCUGGAAAAAUGCAGUAAACCACCCGCCCCCCUUCCUCUGCAGCAGCAGUUGACCUGCUGCUCGUGCUUUUUGAUGCACAAAGAACUGACAUUGUUGUCGCUGCGCCUUCCCCGUUGUAGCACCGUCCCAUUUUGGAAAAGUAGCAAUGGACUUCACCCAGACAUCAACAGCAAACUUUAACUUUCAAACACGGCAGCGGCAAAGAUGACAUAGAUAUCUUCCAUGCAUAUUGUUGACACCAUGCAGACAUAAGCUACUUUCAGACAGGAGGGAACUCUUCUUUACAGGCCUCAUUUGGGUUCAUGCAGAAUCAUCACCUCCCAUUUAACAUUGGAUGUCACUGUAUCAAGGCUACAUGCGCACAUACUAAGUGUAUGUUUAUGUCUUUGUGUGAACAGCAACAAGCCAUUGUGCUGAUAUGUCUUCAUUUGUCCGAGGUGCAUUGUUGCCUUUCUGGCCCUCUUCCAUUUUUUUAUAGUUGUUCCUCUUGAAACAUGGGGGGGAAAAAAACCCUGAUAUGUGUGAUUGAACUGAGCUGCCUGUCUGAACAUAGCUUUUAAAUACAAAGAAAUUGUCCAGUUCACAAUCAAACAAUGGCUGCAACUGCCAUCAAUUCAACCAAUCAGCGUCCCCAAAAUUGUCUGUCUUUAAAUGUCCUCAUAAAUUCCUGAAGAGACCAAAUAAUGAAUUUGCCUUUUUGUGUUAAUGCACUCACCACAGCUGAGUAUAUAAUUAUAUAAUACCGAUUAUAAAUUACUAUUUGUAGUGAUUGAAACUCAUUUGCUGAUUGAAAUAUCUGUAAAUGGUGCGACCGCUAAUAAGUUAGACAUUUACGGAUAAACCUUUGUGUUUACUAGUUUCUACCUAUACUGAAACUUUAACAACAAUCAGCUAUUCUGUCUUCCUCAACUUCCGUCCUUGCUUCCUUUCCUGUCUGACAUCCUGCAGCUGAAUAACUAUGGACUGAACCUUUACAUUGGCGUGCAUUAAGGCUCUUGUUCUUGUGUUUUUACGCAUCCAUUUUUUAAAAAAAUUGUUGAAUUUUUUUUUCUCCAUUAUUUAUUUUUGUCAUUAUUUAUGCAUGCAGUGACAUUGUUUACAUUUCACAGAAAGAGAUGUUGAGCUGCUCACUUUCCAAAAACAGUUGUUUAACGUAGUAUUUGAACCCAAACUUUGUUAACUGUUGGAAAAUAUGCUGUCAAGAGGGGCUGAUGACUCUGAGCCAAAAUGGCUGCCGCUGAAAACUGCACAGGGCAAACUCUUGAAACUGGAGUUGAGGGAAGUUUCUUUCCCAAACCACCUAUUUUUAGGUCACUGGUGACCCAAAUCCGUGUUGUAUUUCUAUUGGCCUGCCACAAUCCGAGCUAUGUUGACUUAGACAUAUUUGGCUGUCAGCCGUCUCCCUAUACGGGUGUAAUGAGAGCCUGACAGUGAUACAGGAAGCAACAUCUGCUUUUCUGAUACCAUUAUGUCCUACGUGUAUUUAUUCAGUAUUUAUUUUGACUUAUUUUGCACUUCCACUUUAAGUAAGGGAAAGAAACAGGCCUCAGGAUUGAAUAAAAUCAGGAUUUGGAUUACCACAGAAUGAAGUUAAAUCUUCUGAUGGAUAAAUUGGCAAACAGUCUCCAAGUGUUAGCCUGUUCUCAUUAUCUAGCAGGCCAAGACUACUGCAAAAUAACUCCCUCUGCGUGAGUUUGAUUGAUGUGUGCUCUGAGUAAAGGCCAGUGCCUUAAUGAUAAGGUUCAUUUUCCCCCCCUUUUAUGGACACUUGUCCAUUCAUCAAACAUGAUUUUGACAGAAAGAAAUAAGUAAAAAAAAUAUAUCUAAAAUUAAUUUUGAGAAUAUCCACGAGUGAAUUUCUGAGGAAGAAAGGUGUUGUUUGAUAAAUAUAGAGGCCUUCACGAUGUCUGUGACAUGACUCUUUUUACAUGGCAAGGAGCUCUGGAAAACGCGAGAUGUUGUCGAGCUUUGCCUUCAGAAACUUUUAUUUUGUAUACAUGUGUUUGAUUUUAAAUGUUUCUAUGUCAAUCGAGUUCUUUGUAUUUUAUAUUUUUUUCUUCACUCGCUAGUGUGUUUGUCUCUCCUCAUUUCAUGUGUAACAGUGCAGAGUGUCAUGUCAAAUUGUCCACGUGUAUUAUUUUGUAUUGAAAGGGCCAAAGCCGUGUCAUAUGGAGAAAGUGAUAAAGUGCAAGACCACAAAAAUUUCCCCCCAUAAUGAUAUUCUAGUGGUGCGUGAUUAGUUCUUCAGCACAAUAGUUAAAUAUGUUUGCAUUCAUAAAUACUUUUGGGAAUUUGGAAAGAACUGACAAAACAAAAACAACUGGUUUCAACUCGGGUUGCAACAAUAUGAGAUUUUCAUGGUACAAAAACCACAGAGAAAAUAUCACAUUAAAUGUCAAAAUUAUAUAUAAUCAUAGUUUGACUGACAGUAAUUAUAGAGAUUUAUUGGUGAACAAAAGCUCUCACUAAAUAUUAUGUCCCUGACAGACAAUAUUGUUUUGUAAUAACUGAUAUGACAGAAUUCAAUACUGUUGACAAGCGAAUGCACAUGAUAAACUUUUGGACCACGAUAUACCUUGAAAAUGUAACACUGCUGCAACUCUACCUCUAGAAUCAUUGCCCCCCAGUAAUGUCAGUGAUAUCCACACUGGUAACCACUUGGAAGCUACGAUGAGUUAGCUCACACUGGGCAGGAAAGGGAAAAGCAAUAAUACAAAAAUAAUCACCUCCAGUGUAAAAACAUAUCACAGACUCAAGAGUCGAAGGUACCGCCUGAAAGAGGUAAAGGGAAAAUCCACCUGAAAUUAAAUCACCUCUGCUUUUGCUAUUAUAUUUUCUGUUUGUGAGUAAAAGCGCCCCAUAUAGUCAUGUGACGAAGAGCCAGUGCUGUGUCAUUUUGUUUUUGAGAGUUUCAUCCAGGAAGUUGAAGGAUGACACCUAAAUGGAUU